AUGAGUGUUCCACAUCCGAGUAAAACGAAGCGUGUCGAGUCGUUUCAUUUUAAAACUCGGUAGUGUGGCAGUGAAAAGCCCAUUGGGUCACACUCACACACACAAAAAUCACAGCUGGGCGUUAUCUCCAUCCAAACCCUAGCUAAAUCUUCAGUGCUCAAAGAUCUGUUAGGCUUUAAUUGUUGUGAAUUGAGGAUUGAUUUGAGGUUUGAUCUGUGGCUGUGUUUCGGAAACUAGGUUUUGUGUUUUGAGAUGGAAUUAGGGGUGGUUCGACGAGGGAGAGGGAGACCCAAGAAGGUAAAGGAUGUGGUAAUGGAAGCUGUGGAAAUGGAAGCUGCAAUGGUUCGGGUGGAGCGUAGAGGGAGAGGGAGACCGAAGAAGAUAAAGGAUGGGGAAAUGAAAUCUGCGGAAAUGGAAGCUGGCGUGGUUCAAGUGGAGCGUAGAGGUAGAGGUAGAAAGAGGAAGAUAGAGGAAAUUGAGAAUGUUUGUGUGGAUGGAUUGAAAAGGGAGACGAGGUCUAAAGCAUUGGUUGGGUCGUAUGUGAAUAAGGAGUUUGAGGGUAGCUUUUAUCUCGGGAAGGUUGUUAGUUAUGAUAGGGGGUUGUAUAGAGUUGAGUAUGAAGAUGGGGAUUCAGAGGAUUUUGAAAGUGGUGAGUUGAGGCCGUUUCUUAUUGAGAAUGAUUGUCAUGACAGUAUAUUGGUUCUGAGGAAGAAAGAGUUAGAUGAGAUAAUUUUGAACAAGUAUGAGAAGGAGAGGGUUGACAAAAUGAGGGGUGCAGAUGUGAUUGGUGGAGUGGAAGAUUCUCCUUUGGGUGAGGUAAUGGAUCAUGGUGCCAAUGGAGUUAUAGCUGAUGUCGAUUGCUCAAGUGAUUCUGGUGAGGAUGGCCUUGAUGGGGCUUUGUGUGUUGAUGCUGAAGCCUGUAUUGUACUACCCCCGGAAUUCCCUCCUUCUACAGGAAAUAUAGGUGUCCCGGAGGAGUCUGUUGCAGAGCUCCUUUCAGUAUACAGUUUCUUACGUUCAUUUAGUGUUUCUCUGUGUUUAUGUCCUUUCGGACUGGAAGACUUUGUGGGGUCUCUGAACUGUUCUGUUCAAAACACAUUGUUGGAUGCUAUUCAUGUUGCUUUAAUGCGUGUUUUGAGGCGGCAUUUUGAAGCUCUCUCAUCAGAAGGUUCCGAGUUUGCAUCAAAAUGUUUAAGUUCGAUGGACUGGAGUUUGAUUGAUUCCUUGACGUGGCCAGUUUUUACAGCCGAAUAUAUGAUGAUGAUGGGGUAUACUGAGGGGCCUAAAUGGAAAGGGUUUUACGUGGAUGCUCUUCAGAUGGAAUAUUAUAGUCUUACUGUUAGUAGAAAAUUGGUGAUUCUUCAGAUAUUGUGUGAUGAUGUUUUAGACUCUGCAGAGCUAAGAGCACAAGUUGACAUGCGUGAAGAAUCGGAGGUUGAAGUGGAUCGUGAUGGGGAUACAAUUGCUACUCAUGUUGGACCAAAACGUGUCCAUCCUAGAUACUCUAAGACUUCUGCCUGCAAGGACCAAGAAGCCACAGAGUUUAUGAAGGAAACAGGUGAUGCAAAGUUGUCUAUUAAUUCCAGUUCUCUUGGUUAUAAUAAUAAUGGACUGGAUGCCGGUACUGAUGGAGAUCAGGAUGCCAAUAGUGAUGAGUGUCGCCUUUGUGGCAUGGAUGGGACAUUGCUUUGUUGUGACGGGUGUCCAUCAUCUUACCAUUCGAGAUGUAUUGGUGUGAGCAAAUUGUGCAUACCAAAAGGUGACUGGUACUGUCCAGAGUGUGCAAUUAAUAAGAUCAGUCCCAAAAUUACAGGACGAACAUCUCUUAUAGGAGCAGAAUUUUUCGGUGUCGAUCCAUUUGAGCAAGUCUUCUUGGGUACUUGUGAUCAUUUGCUGGUGCUUAAAGUGUCUAUGAACACUGGAUCAAUUGUUAGGUACUACCACAAGGAGGAUCUUUCAAGGGUCGUGCUAGCACUUUGUUCGGAAGCACAGCACCUUGAUAUGUAUUCAGGGAUAUGUGAAAGAAUUAUUAAGUAUUGGCAAAUUCCUGCAAAUAUCAUACCAAUUGCUGAAAAAGUUGAAACGGGAUUGAGCUCAAUUAAAAUUGAAGAUGGUUCUUGUCCUACUCCAGUAUCCUCUCUUUUGAAUAGAAACGGCCAUGGAAUUUGUGAACCAUCUGUUAGUGAAGACAUUGCAAGCUGUAUUGCUGAGAGUAGCUCUGAAAACAUUGCAGGCCCUUCUGCUGGAAACCUUACUAUAGAAAAUGAUAGUAGCAAGGCCUCUCUGAAUAUGCACAUCGAAACGGGCCAUCCUCUUACGCAUCCAUGUAACAGUGGGAGUAUAGAACAGGACAGGCCUUUUCAAGCAGAAAAAUUAUCUGAACAGAUUAGAGGCACCGCUACCAUUUCAUCUGAUUCAGUAAGCCAUCAGGAUGAUCUAUCUGAGACAACCCAGCUGAAGUUGGUGGGCAGAUCAAGUCAGAGGGAUCAUGCCAUGUGCACCUCAGGGAACAGCAAUUCCUGUAACAGAGGACAAUCUAAUUGCAUGAUAAGUAUUAAAAGUUGUAGUAAUAUAGGUGAUGGUUGCUUUUAUCUGGGUUCUUCUUUUAAACCUCAAGCGUAUAUGAAUCAUUAUAUACAUGGAGAUUUUGCUGCUUCUGCUGCUGCUAAUCUAGUGAAACUAUCAUCUGAGGAAAAUUAUAUGUUGGUGUCAAAAACUUCAAAUAAUUAUAAAAAAGCUAUGUCUGCUAACAUUGCACUUCAAAUUAAAGCCUUUUCGUCAGCAGUCAACCGAUUUUUCUGGCCAAAUUCUGAAAAGAAGCUGAUGGAAGUUCCAAGGGAACGGUGUAGUUGGUGUCUUUCUUGCAAGGCAAUGUGCCAAAGCAAGAGAGGAUGCUUGUUAAAUGCAGCUGCUUCAAAUGCUAUUAAAGGUACCAUGAAAAUACUUUCUGGUAUUUGUCCUGUAAAGCUAAAGCAUGGACAGGGGAGUUUGCAUAGCAUUGCCACUUAUGUGCUGUUAAUGGAGGAGAGCUUACGUGGUUUGACAGUUGGCCCUUUCAAAACCUUAGAUUAUAGGAAAAAAUGGUGUCAACAAGCCGAGCAGGCUUCAACUUGCAGUGCUAUAAAAAGUCUUUUGCUUGAACUUGAGGAAAAUAUGAACCAAGUUGCUUUUUCCGGGGAUUGGUUUGAACUGGUAGAUGGUUGGUCAGUUGAAUCUUCUGCAACCAAUGGUACAAGUGCUGCUGAACCAAGGCAGAAACGUGGCCCAGGUGGGAGGUUUAGUAGGAAACUAUCUGCCAUUCCUGAAAUAAAAGCUGAUGACGACCUGGACAUGUCAAAUAAUUUUGUAUGGUGGCGUGGAGGUAUUCUAUCAAAAUUUAUGUUCCACAAAGGAAUUCUCCCACAAAUUUUAGUGAAAAGAUCGGCUCGGCAAGGUGGGUCUAGAAAGAUAUCAGGUAUCUAUUAUGCCGAAGGUGUUGAGACUCCAAAGAGAAGCAGAAGGUUCAUCUGGAGAGCUGCUGUUGAAAUGAGUAGGAAUGUUUCACAACUUUCCACACAGGUCAGGUAUCUAGAUAUUCAUGUGAGAUGGAGUGACCUUCUACGUCCAGAUCAGAGUUCCCUUGAAGGAAAAGGUGCGGAGACAGAGGCAUAUGUAUUUAGAAAUGCUUCGAUUUGUGAUAAGCAGAUUCUGGGAAGUAAAGUUAGAUAUGCUGUUUCUUUUGGGAAUCAAAAGCACCUACCCUCCCGUAUCAUGAAGAAUGUAAUUGGAGUAGAAAAACAUGAAGAUGAAACAGAAAAAUACUGGUUUCUAGAAACACAUAUUCCUUUGUAUCUGGUCAAAGAAUAUGAAGAGAAGAUGGAUAAUGUGCAUUUACGACUAGCUGAGAAGCCUAUGAAUGUAUUGUCGAAAAUGCAGAAACAGCAGUUAAAGGUUUCACGCAAGGAUAUCUUUUUUUACUUAACACAGAGAAGGGACAAUUUGGAAUCUUGCCGUUGUGCUUCUUGUCAGCUUGAUGUUUUUCUUGGGAAUGCAGUCACGUGCAGUAAAUGUGAAGGUUAUUGUCAUCUUCAGUGUACAUCUAGUCCAAAGGUACACAUGAGUGUGGAAGUUGAAUUUGUAAUGACCUGCAAACGUUGCUACCAAACUGAAGCUACUUUGCCGAAUGAAAAGUAUCCAGCCAGCCACUUGCUUUUACAAAGACAAAAGCCUCUGAAUGCGGCAACAGCUAAGAAAAGUGAAAAGCAAAAUGGCUGUCAUAGGCCCCUGGCAUCAAAUGGUGCUUUGCAACACUCAGUAAGGAAAAAACCGGCUAGCAAUUUGAAGCCAAGAAAUAAAAGCAAGGAUUGUUUUUGGGGACUUGUUAAGAAGAAGAAUGGUGAAGAUGGCACAGAUUUCAGACUGAAAAAUAUUCUUCUAAAAGGCAAUCUAAAACUGUCAGAAGUUGAAUGUGACCUUUGCAAGAAGCCAUAUGAUUCUAAUCUUAUAUAUAUAUGCUGCGAAAUAUGCACAAAAUGGUAUCAUGCUGAUGCAGUCGAGCUUGAAGAAUCAAAAAUACUUGAAGUGACUGGAUUCAAAUGUUGCAAGUGUCGUAGGAUGAGGUCACCUAGAUGCCCUUAUGCUGAUCAAGAGGAGACAGAUGCAUUAGAGAGUAAGAAGUCUAAUAAAAGAGCUUCGAAGCAGGCAAGCCAAGUAGCAGGCUCUUACCAUGAAACCAUUCCGGAACAGCUUACACAGGGAGAUUCUGCUACUCACAUGUUACCUAUUAAGAAAGGACUGGUAUGCAUAAAGGGGGAUAAUCCUCUCACAUUCUCUCUCUCUAGAAUGAAUAAUGGUACUCAGCAAACUUCAGAAGUAGCUUUAGAACAGAAUCCGACUUUUUCUGGUUCUGUGCCUCAGAAACUACCAGUCAGGCGGCAUUUGAAGCAGGAUGAUGAUGUCGUCGGUUAUUCAACAAACAAUACAUCUGUUGAUUCACCCAAACCUAUUCCAGGAAGUACAUUUCUGCCAGUAGAUGAAUCAGCUCCAUGCUUAGAAUGGGAUGUUUCAACAAAUAUUGAAGACGAUUUCAUGUUUGACGUGGAAGAUCUUAAUUACGAAGAUGGGGAGUUUGAGCCCCAAACCUAUUUCUCAUUUAAUGAAUUGCUGGCAUUUGAUGAUGGUGUCCAACUGGAUGGGAUUGAUCCAUCUGGGAAUAUAAUUGUGGAUGUAGAUGAUUCUUCUGUAAUUCCAGAGGAUGUCAAUCUUGAGCAAUAUGGAAUAGUCACCGAACAACAAGAACAUCUGGAUUCUUUUGAAUCUUCCUUCCAGGUUGUGCCUUGUCAAACAUGCUUUUUCACUGAUCCAAUUCCUGAUAGUUGUUGCCAGAUAUGUGGGUCCUGCAUGCAUAGCCAUUGCGCACAAUGGGUUGUGGACACAUCUAAUAAUGGUGCCUGGCGAUGUGGUAGCUGCAGGAAUUGGCAGUAGCUAUUGUUCCUAGACUAGUUUUUUGGAAUACUCAACUGAUUCCAGAGAAGGAAAUCACUGCAUAUGCAGGGGCAGAAUACUAAAUAUUUUUGAUGGGUAAAGAGGCUAAAAGAAAUCAGGGGUUUAAGGAGAAGAAGAAAGAUCAGGAUCUCUUGUUACUAUGUUGCUGGUUUAAGACAUGCUGGCUGUUCUCUGAAACUCAAGAGCUGUAAGGACUUUCUUUCGAUGAAAUGAUAUUUGGAGGUUAAUGCUAAUCCACAAGCUUCACAAUUGCAUAUUCUGGUGCAAUCAGACUUUCCAUUUUUAUUUCAAAUGUUAAGGCUUAGUUGCUUACAAAUUGUUGUUACCUUCCCCCAUAUUAGUAUCAGGGAGCCUGAAUCAAUUGUUGUGUAGCUAUGGCACUACUUAUCAGAUCAAUAUGCUGGAUUAUAGAUGCUUAUCUGAUUGUGUCAUUCCUGUAUGCUGUAUUUAUAAGGGUCAAAUCUCCCGUGGUUUGGAUUU